AGGCUUAAAUCCCAGCACCCACGACGGGGCCGAUCGCUACGGUCUCCUCCCCGCUGCCCCGCUUCCAGAAGCUUCGACGCUCCGCCAUGCGUCCCGCCGUCCUCGCGGCGCUCCUCCUCGUCGCCGCGGCCGCCUCCCCGGCCGCCGCGCUCUACUCCGCGGGCUCCCCCGUCCUCCAGCUCAACCCCAACAACUUCAAAUCCAAGGUGCUGAACUCGAACGGGGUGGUGCUGGUUGAGUUCUUCGCGCCGUGGUGCGGGCACUGCAAGCAGCUGGCUCCCGCAUGGGAGAAGGCCGCCGGCGUGCUCAAGGGCGUUGCGACAGUUGCCGCCCUCGACGCCGAUGCGCACCAGUCUCUCGCGCAGGAAUAUGGAAUCAGGGGAUUUCCAACUAUAAAGGUGUUUGUCCCUGGUAAACCUCCAGUUGAUUAUCAAGGAGCAAGAGAUGUAAAGCCAAUUGUAGAAUUUGCUCUGUCUCAGGUCAAGGCCCUUCUUAGAGAUAGAUUGAAUGGUAAGGCAUCAUCAGGGUCAAGUGGCAAGGCAUCUGGAGGUUCAAGUGAGAAAAAUGAACCAAGUGCAUCAGUUGAACUAAAUUCACGUAAUUUUGAUGAACUUGUCAUCAAAAGCAAGGACCUUUGGAUUGUGGAAUUCUUUGCACCAUGGUGUGGGCACUGCAAGAAAUUGGCACCUGAAUGGAAAAAGGCUGCGAAGAAGUUGAAUGGCCAAGUGAAGUUUGGGCAUGUUGAUUGUGAUGCUGAAAAGUCCUUGAUGAGCAAGUACAAGGUUGAAGGCUUCCCAACUAUUUUGGUAUUUGGUGCUGAUAAGGAAAGCCCAUUCCCGUACCAAGGGGCUAGAGUUGCAUCUGCCAUUGAGUCCUUUGCAUUGGAGCAGUUGGAAGCCAACUCUGGUCCAGCUGAAGUUUCUGAGUUGACUGGCCCGGAUGUCAUGGAGGAGAAGUGCGCUUCUGCUGCCAUUUGCUUUGUAUCAUUCCUUCCAGACAUCCUUGAUUCAAAGGCAGAAGGAAGAAACAAGUACCUUGAGCUCCUGCUUUCUGUUGCUGAGAAGUUCAAAAAGAGUCCAUACAGUUUUGUCUGGACAGCUGCUACCAAGCAACCUGAUCUCGAGAACCAGGUUGGAGUUGGUGGCUAUGGCUAUCCCGCCAUGGUUGCUCUCAAUGUGAAGAAAGGCGCAUACGCUCCACUCCGUAGUGCCUUCCAGCGCGAUGAAAUCAUCGAGUUUGUGAAGGAAGCAGGGCGCGGUGGAAAGGGAAAUCUUCCUCUUAAUGGUGCCCCGACAGUAGUACCAUCGGAGCCAUGGGACGGCAAGGAUGGAGAGGAAAUUGUAGAGGAUGAAUUCUCCCUUGACGAGCUCAUGGGCGAUAGCUCCCCAGUAAAUGAUGAGUUGUGAUUCUGAUGAUUUUGUAACUGAUCUGUCAUGAGCGUGCCGAUUAGCCAGGCUGUAAAUCUGAGGAGCUCUGAUGUUUUUACUUGUUUCCGGUGAACGGCACAAUUUUAGGGUGCUUAUUUUCAGUUUUUGGAUGCUAGAAUGGUUUUAAAUUAAAGAGAACUGAUGUGAUAGGCACGCCUUUUUGUCCCUGAAAUAAAGUCAGUUGUGCUGCAGA